CUGUGUAUUUACUAUCUGUAUUGGUUGCCACUACUCCUGUGCCCAGAGAUACUAAGUGGCAGAUGAAUGCUAUUUUGACUUUUUUUCCUAUUGGAACCCAAGACUUCCAUAAAGGACAAGUCAGUACCCCAUCAUGACAGAGCCAGUAACUCUGCCCAUAUGCCAGAGGCUCAGCUAUGCCACAGGGCAUUUCCUGAAUGACUUAUGUGCCUCUAUGUGGUUUACCUAUUUCUUGGUUUAUUUCCAUUCCGUAUUGGGGUUCAACUCCUUCAAUGCUGGAGUCCUACUGUUGGUGGGUCAAGUUGCAGAUGGAAUCUGUACCCCUUUGGUUGGCUAUGAGUCGGACCGGAGAGUUGGCUGUCUUUCGUAUGGGCGCCGCAAAUCCUGGCAUCUGAUCGGCACAUUGAGCGUGAUUCUGUCAUUCCCUUUUAUAUUUAAUCCUUGUCUGGGCUGCACAGAGAACACCCCUCAGUGGGUAGGCUUGAUCUACUUCAUCCCAUUUAUUGUCAUCUUCCAGUUUGGUUGGGCAGCCACCCAGAUUUCCCAUUUAUCUCUCAUUCCGGAGCUGGCCAAGAAUGAACAUGACAAGGUGGAGCUCACAGCCUUCAGAUACGCCUUCACAGUCAUGGCAAAUAUUGCUGUAUAUGCAGUAGCUUGGUUGCUGCUGCAUUUUCAGGAAGGAGAGACCAACACGGAACACCUAAGCUGGCAGGACAUUCCUAUUUUCAGGACACUGGCCCUAAUCAUGGUGGCCUUAGGGGCUUUGUUUUCCCUUGUUUUCCAUGUUGGCACAAAAGAAAAAAAGCACAGCUUUCAACACCUUGUAGAAACUGAAGACGCAGAAGCUGAUGCUCUAACUGAACAACCCAAGCUCACUAACCCACCAAAACCACUGCUGCGCUGGCACCAUUGGCUUGUGGAGCCUUCAUUUUAUCAGGUGGCUCUUCUCUACAUGUGCACACGGCUCAUAGUCAAUCUGUCCCAGACAUACAUUGCUGUGUAUCUGACAAAUUCUCUGCAUCUGCCCAAGAACUAUAUUGCCACCAUUCCCCUGGUCAUGUACGUCAGCGGUUUUGUAUCUUCGUUCCUCAUGAAGCCUGUCAACAAAUUGAUCGGACGCAAUCUUACCUACUUUGUAGGUCUUCUAGCCAUUGCUGCUUUUGCAGCAUGGGUCGCACUAGAUCCUGAACUUGGAGUUGCUGUGUAUGGAGCUGCUGUUGUCCUGGGUUCCGGGUCUGCUACAAUCUUGGUCACCUCCCUCUCCAUGACGGCGGACCUCAUUGGCCCUCACUCGCACAGUGGAGCCUUUGUAUAUGGGGCGAUGAGCUUUACUGAUAAAGUAGCCAAUGGGUUGGCAGUAAUGAUCAUCCAGUCCUUCCAUCCUUGUCACACUCAGGUGUGUUGUCCAGCCUGUACCCCGUUCUACCAUUGGGUGAUGGUGAUAGUUACUGGAGCUGUGGCCGUUGUGGCUGCCAUAUCCCUAAGCUCUAUUAUGAUCUGGCCGAUCCAAGUGCGGUUCUGGCAUGCAGUGAGAACUUUGGUGAGAGGUAAUCCAGCUGAGUGAGGUAGAAUCACAGUGUCUUCAAUACAGGAUUCUUCCCGUACAUCAGAACGUGUUCUUGGCUCACAGGAAAAUGGCAUAGUGAACACAUGACCACUACAAAAAACCUUUCACAUUCCCUUUUCUGUUCAAUUGUUAAUGUUUUAUUUAGGCAAUGCACACACAAGACUACUUUCAAUUGAUUUGAAUUGUGUUAAAAGGACCUGCUCUUUUUGUUUUUUGGUUGCAGCACUUUUAGGGCAGAUUUUACAUUUUAAGGAGUGUUAAGGAGGAUGCAGCUCAUUCCAAAAUCAGACUUGCAAAAGAACCAUUUCAAAUCCAUAGCUGAAACUAUGCCAGUGAAUCACAUACAGGACAAUGAAAUAAAAUAAAAUUAUUUUAUAUCCAUUUUUACAA